AAACCAUUGGUUUGCAUAAUGCGUGCGUGCUGCUUGAAUGUUCAUUAAGAAUGUUUGAACUCGCAGUAAAUUCUCAAACGGAGUACAAAUUAUGAAUCGAUUUGAACAUCUUACACAACCACGAUCUUUGCUUCAAAGCAACAUUUUGCUCCGAAGGGCUACAAUGAGUGGGUUUUACAAGUUGCAAUCAAGCUAAAUAAUGUUAACUUACAAGUGGAAACACAUGCAUAUUUUCUUUAUAUUUGAAUGGAUUCCCGGCCUUUGUAAGAAUGUCUGAGGUCGCAUUAGAGGAAAUAUCAGUCUUAUCAGCAAUAUACUGCAAUAAGGACGAAUUUACUUUACUUGAGGAGUCAGCUGAAAAGGGAGUAGUAUUCCGGAUCCAGGUUGCAGCAGAAACAGAGACUGGGAAGAAGUGGGUGAGCCUGGUCUUUAACUUACCCCCUGACUACCCCCGCUGCCUGCCAGAUGUGUCCGUCAGCUCGGAGCAGCUCACCAGGCAACAGUGCCGACGCGUGAGGCAGAGCCUGCUGGAGAAAGCAUCGGAGCUCUGCUCGGAGCCCAUGGUGCACGAGCUGCUCCUGUGGUUGCAGCAGAACCUUGCGGACAUUGCCGGCAUUGAGCAGCAGGUGGUGUGCGUGGGUGCCGGCGACGGUGACAAUGCCGUGUCGGCCGCGGGCGGCGAGCUUUGGAUGGCUUUGCUCCUGCUCGAUCACAUGAGGGCCAAAACCAAGUACAAAAAAAUAAUUGAGAAAUGGACCUUGGAGCUGGAACUCACUGGGAGGCUCUUCAUUGGGAAGCUUAUUUUGAUCAUUCUGCAGGGAGCAAAGAGAAGCAUAAAGGAGUACCUUCAUCUUCAGAAGACGGUGAAGGUGGACGUUGACUCAGUGGGAAAAAAGUGCAAAGAAAAGAUGAUGCGUAUUCUUUGUGAGGCCCCGCUCCCCAACAGCUGUAAAGAGCUGACAUCAUUUGAAGUUAAGGAGAUUUCAUCUGUGGAAGAGCUGAAAGGAGAAUUUGAAUUAGUUGGACUGCUAGAGCUCUACCAGGAGUUUGUGUGCUCAUUGAUUUAGUCAUGCUUUCUCCAGGGGACUGGCCCCUCACCAAGAAGGUUUCCACCAGGCUGUCUCUAAACCAGGGCUGCCCAACCCUGUUCCCGAAGAGCUACUGUCCUGUUGGUUUUCACUCCAACCCUGACAAAGCACACCUCAUUCAACAGCUAGAGAUCUUGUUCAGCUGGUAAUCAGUAGAUUCAGGUGUGCCGUUUUUCAAAAAUUAAAGAGAGAUUUCUCAUUGACAAAAAUUCUUCUCCACCCCGGAAUUAAUAUUUUGCAGAUCUUUUUCGGUAAGGCUGUAUGAGAUUUUCACUCUUAAAUUUUGGAAUUAAUGCAAGCGUGUGUCAACUCUGGAACGUUAGAUAGAGAG